CGGCGCCGGGCCCCGCCCGCCGCGGCCGGGCCGGGCCGCUGCCGCCAUGCCCCGGGACAACAUGGCCUCCCUGAUCCAGCGGGUGGCGCGGCAGGCGCGCAUCACCUUCCGCAGCCCGGCGGGCCCGGCCUUCGGGGAGAACCUGCACCGCCUGCAGCAGCUGCUGGACGAGGUGCGCGCCGAGGACUUGCACUUGGCGCCGCGGGGGCCGUCGGCCGCGGCGGCGGCGAGCGGGGGUCCGCCGUGGGCCGGCGUGGUGCCUCCCGUCAGCUACAUGCACAUCUGCGAGACGGAGAGCUUCAGCAUGGGCGUGUUUCUGCUGCGGAGCGGCGCCUGCAUCCCGCUGCACGACCACCCGGGCAUGAACGGCAUGCUGAAGGUGCUGUACGGCACGCUGCGCAUCGCCUGCAUGGACACGCUGCCCGCCGGGGCCGCCGCCGCCCCGCCGCCCCCCGCCGCCGGCAGCGGGCCGUGCCUGCGCGCCCUUUUCCGCUCCCGCCAGCACUACACGCCCGCCUCGCCGCCCUGCCUGCUCUCGCCGCACACCGACAACCUCCACCAAAUCGACGCCGUGGACGGGCCUGCCGCCUUCCUCGACAUCCUGGCGCCGCCCUACGACCCCCAGCACGGCCGGGACUGCCACUACUACCGGCUGCUGGAGGGGCCGCCGGCGGGCGCGGAGCCGCCCGCGCUGCCGCGGGAGGUGUGGCUGGUGGAGACCCCGCAGGCCUCCGACUUCUGGUGCGGGGGCGAGCCCUACCCUGGGCCCCGCGUCUGCCUCUGAGCCCGGCCGGCGGCCCGUGCCGGGCGGCGGCCGCUGGGGACGAUGUGCGCUCGCCCCGCCGAGAGGGGAACCCGCCGCCCCCCGCCCGGCCGCUCCCCGGAGCCCGCCGGGCAGCAGCGCCGCGGGGACGCGGCGUUCCGUGCUG